GGACUCUACAAGAGUAUGCUCUCAGUAUCGCAUCUGCAGAGGAGAGAGAAGCUAUUCCCAUUUUUCCUCUUCUGACUUGUACUCCAGUCCUGGGUUGGAAGACUUCCUUUCUGUGGGUGACACUUCUGGAGCAGAGGAGGAUACAGACUCGUUUAUUUUAUAUGGAACUUUGCGAGGAAGUGUUGUUGGAUUACGAUACUACACAGGGAUUGUUAAUAACAAUGAAAUGGUUGCACUUCAGAGGGAGCCUAAUAAUCCUUAUGAUAAAAAUGCAGUAAAAGUAAAUAAUGUGAAUGGAGACCAAGUAGGCCAUAUAAAAAAAGAACUAGCAGCAGCAUUGGCAGGCAUUAUGGACAAUAAACUAGCAUUAAUUGAAGGAGUUGUCCCUUAUGGAGCGAAAAAUACCUUUACCAUGCCUUUGCAAAUGAGCUUUUGGGGGAGAGAAGAAAACAAGGAAGUAGUGCUAGAUCAGCUAAAAAGUCAUGGAUUUAAAUUGGCUCCUCCUCCAAAAGGUUCAGAAUGUGGUUUUGGAUCACAGUGGAUUUCUGAGAGAGCUGGUCCAAGUUACAGCGCUCCAGUUCAUGCUGCUGUGCAGUUGACAGCUGAACAGCUUAAAAGUGAAUUUGACAAAUUGUUUGAUGAUCUGAGAGAAGAUGAUAAAACUUGUGAAAUGGAAGGAGCAGAGGCUGUUGGCACACUCUUGCUUCCCCAUCAGAAGCAGGCUUUAGCUUGGAUGGUUUCACGUGAGAACAGUAACGAUUUGCCGCCAUUUUGGGAAGAGAGAAGUAAUUUCUAUUACAAUAUACUUACAAAUUUUGCAGAAAAGAAGCGCCCUGAAAAUGUUCUUGGAGGAAUACUGGCUGAUGAUAUGGGACUGGGUAAAACACUUACUACUAUUGCAUUGAUUCUUACAAAUUUUCAAGAUGGCAAGCCUCUUCCUGUUGAAAAGAUCACAAGUGACAAGUUUUAUGAGGAAGACACAGAGUUUGCACCUUCAUCUACUUGUUUAAAAAGAAAAACAAAAAGAAAAGGUACCAUUAGUGUUCAGUCAGUUCAGACGAAAGAUUCUAAUGGUGGCCCCAGAGCAACACUGAUUGUAUGUCCACUGUCUGUACUAAGUAAUUGGAUUGACCAGUUUGAAGAACAUAUCCACCAAGAUUUUCAUGUAAAUAUUUACGUUCAUUAUGGUUCUGACCGUAGCAAAGACCCAUCAGUUCUUUCAGAACAAGACAUUGUACUGACAACAUACAACAUCUUAGCUGCUGAUUACGGAAUCAGAAGUGACAGCCCUUUACACAAAGUCAAGUGGCUGAGAAUUGUGUUGGAUGAGGGGCACACUAUACGAAAUCCAAAUGCUCAGCAAACUAAAGCUGCCUUAAAUCUGGAGGGACACAGAAGAUGGGUCCUGACAGGCACUCCUAUUCAGAAUUCUGUAAAGGAUUUAUGGGCUCUUAUUUCCUUCUUAAAACUGAAACCUUUUACUGAUCGAGACUGGUGGCAUAGAACGAUUCAACGUCCAGUCACAAUGGGAGCUCCAGGAGGACUUGGGCGUUUACAGUCUCUGAUUAGGAGUAUUACCCUUAGAAGAACUAAAACAAGUAAAUUUAAAGGAAAACCCAUUUUGGAGUUACCAGAACGUAAGGUACUUAUUCAGUAUGUUACGCUUACAGAGGAAGAAAGGCAAAUCUAUCAGUCUGUGAAGAAGGAGGGCAAAGCUGCUAUUAGCAGAUUUUUCAGUGAAGGGACUGUACUAGCUCACUAUGCUGACAUCCUCUGUGUCCUGCUCAGAUUGAGGCAGCUUUGUUGUCAUCCUCAUCUUUGUCAAAAUGCAUCUUCUAGUUUUUCAGCUGGUAAUAAAACUACUGAAGAACUACAUGAGACAUUAGUGAGUAAAAUGAGGUUGAUUCUGAGUUCUGGUUCAGAUGAAGAAUGUGCAGUUUGCUUGGAAUCACUGACUCUUCCCAUGAUAACACGCUGUGCACAUGUGUUUUGUAAGCCAUGUAUUUUUGAAGUCAUCAGAAGUGAACAGCCAAAUGCCAAAUGCCCUCUCUGUAGGAAUGAGCUUCAACCAGAGCACUUGGUGGAAUGUCGCCUGGAAGAGGAAAUAGACUCCAGUAAUGGAAAGAGGUCUGAUCAGACCUGGAUAUCCAGUUCUAAGGUAAAUGCUCUCAUGCAUGCUUUGAUAGAACUACGGAGGGAUAAUCCAACUGCUAAAUGUCUGGUUGUUUCUCAGUUCACAACUUUCCUGUCACUGAUAGAAAAUCCCUUGAGAGAAUCUGGAUUUGCCUUUGCUCGUUUGGAUGGGUCAAUGACACAGAAGAGAAGAGUAAAAGCAAUUCAGUGUUUCCAAAGCCGCCAAGCAGGAUCCCCAACUGUAAUGCUUUUGUCUCUGAAAGCAGGUGGAGUUGGAUUAAAUCUGACAGCAGCUUCCCGAGUUUUUUUAAUGGAUCCU